AUGACCUUCUCGGAGCAGCAGAGAUGGAUCACGGUCCAGGAAAAGACGUUUACAAAAUGGCAUUUCUCCAGGUUGAACACCAAAAUUGUAGCCAGAAACUUGGAGGUGAAGGACCUGGUACCGGAUCUUAGUGACGGUGUUAUGCUGAUUCACUUACUCGAAUGUCUUUCUCAAGAAUCCCUCGGUCGAUAUGCCUCCCGUCCGAAGCUUCGAGUCCAACGGUUCGAAAAUGCCAACCUGGCCCUGGACUUUAUCAAGUCCAGAGGCAUUCAGAUGACAAACAUUGGUGCUGAGGAUGUUGUUGAUGGAAACCGCAAAAUUGUUCUUGGUCUUAUUUGGACCCUGAUUCUCCGGUUUACAAUUAGCGACAUCAAUCAAGAGGGUAUGUCUGCCAAGGAGGGUUUGCUGUUGUGGUGUCAACGAAAAACGGCAUGCUACGAUGAGGUCGAAGUUCGCGACUUUAGUAGCAGCUGGAACGACGGUCUCGCCUUCUGCGCCUUGCUGGAUAUUCAUCGACCGGAUUUGAUCGACUUCGACACUUUAGACAAGUCAGACCACCGCGGCAACAUGCAGCUCGCCUUUGAUAUUGCCCACGAAGAGAUUGGUAUUCCCAAGCUGUUGGAUGUUGAAGAUGUGUGCGAUGUAGCGAAACCCGAUGAGCGAAGUUUGAUGACCUAUAUUGCCUACUGGUUCCAUGCCUUUUCUCAGAUGGAAAAAGUCGAAAAUGCGGGACGACGAGUCGAAAAGUUUUUUAACAACAUGCAAGGCGCCUGGGAGAUGCAGAAUGCCUACGAGAGACGAAUGCGGGAACUCCUGAAGAAUAUCCGAGGCCAGGUUGAACAGUGGCACACGGCGAAAUUUGAGGGCACCUAUGCUGAUGCAAAGGCCCAGGCGUCUGAAUUCUCAGAGUAUAAGAGGGGCAAGAAGCGAGAAUGGGUUGCAGAGAAGAGUGAGCUUGCCACACUAUUAGGAAACAUCAAAACGAAGCUCAGCACCUAUCGGUUACGGCCUUACGAACCUCCUGCAGAGGUUAGUCAGGAUGUCAUUGAGAGAGAUUGGAAGAGUCUUACAAAGAGCGAGAUGGCUCGCGCGCAGCUCAUUAAUGAAACGAUUCGAGACAUCAAGAACGCGCUGAGAAAAUCAUUUGCCGACAAAGCAAAUGACUUUGCAAUGGCCCUCAACACCAUGCAGCUUGCCAUUUCGGGAUUGGAUGGCGAUAUUGAAGAUCAGCUGCAUCAUGUCAAGAAGCUCAGCGAAAAUCUGCCACCUCUCGAUCGAUAUCUCAGUACUAUUGCGGAAGUAGAUGCCAUGUGCGAGGAAGCAAACAUUGAGGAGAACGACUUCACCACCUAUACGUAUGACGAACUGGCAUACGAAUUGACGCUUGUGAGAUCCUCGGUUCAAAAGAAGCUCUCCUUUUUGGAAAACCAGAUGGUUGCUCGCAACAUGACCAAUUUAACGCCGAUUCAGCUGGAAGAGUUCGAGAGUGUGUUCCGCCACUUUGAUCGCGAUGCCUCGAACUCGCUACAAGAGCUUGAGUUCAGUGCAGCUUUAGCCUCGCUUGGCCUAGUUUUCUCUGAAGAUGAGAUGCACGAUUACUUUAUUGAUACCUCUGGGGGCAAAGAAUAUGUUACAUUCGAGCAGUUUAUCCGCUUCAUGGUCGACGUCACCGAAGAUCAAAAUACCGCUGAGCAAGUCUUCCAGUCGUUCCGUGAAGUUGCUGAUGGCAAGCCAUAUGUCACUGAAAUGGAUCUGCGCCACAGUCUUGUUCCUGAAGAGGUCAUUGACAAACUUCUCGAGAUGAUGCCGCCGCAUAACGGUCCAGAUAUGUCACGAGAUCGUGGCAAAGACCAGUUCGACUACAUCUCCUUUAUGGAGAAGCUGAUGGGCGAGGGCGACGAAAACGCGGAUGACGAUAUACCAGCCGGCGUGCUCCAAGAUAGUUCAAAUAUUGGCGAUGAUCGGCCCCGAAGAGAUUCAAAGGUGAACGGCCAUGGGUAG